UCUGAUGUCACCACGCUGCCUCCGUGGCUCCGGUUGCUAUGGUAUCCGGAGAGGAGAAUGUUUUUCUGCACAGGCGCCUUCCUGUCUCUGCCAGGUCACUUCCGGUGGGAGAAGAAGGAACAGGAGGCUCAGUAUUGCCAGAACACCUAAACAUGGCGGGCAAGAAUGGGGAAGUGUUAAAUGGAGGAGCAGAAGAGGGACCUGCUGGAAUUAUUAACAAGAUAUUUCCCAAGAUGAUCAGUCCGAGCACAGCCAAGGACUGGCUGAUAAGACGCCGGGCUCACAUCCGCCCGUGGAACAACUUUGUCGACCAGAGGCGCUUCUCCCGUCCGCCGAACUUUGGCGAUGUGUGUAAGCGGGUGACACGGAAUGUGGAGCACUUCCAGAGCAACUACAUAUUUAUUUUCCUGGGCCUCAUCCUCUACUGCAUCAUCACCAGCCCCAUGCUGCUCGUUGCCCUGGCCGUUUUCUUUGGCGCCUGUUACAUUGUUUACCUGAAAGGCCUCCAGUCCAAGAUGGUUCUGUUUGGUCGGGAAUUGAGUAUGGCCAAUCAGUAUGGCCUGGCUGGAGCCGUCUCUUUCCCCUUCUUCUGGCUCGCUGGUGCCGGAGCUGCUGUUUUCUGGGUGUUGGGUGCCACACUUGUCAUCAUCGGCUCUCACGCUUCCUUCCAUGAGAUUGAGGGGGACGUGGAGGAGCUGCAGAUGGAAUCGGUCUAACAAGCUGUCUCUGGGGACUUUGGGGGGCGCUAUUGGACUGUUCUCUUCAUAUCUUGCCAUAUCCCUUUCCUCCCU